GGAAGACAAUUCUUGAAGGAUUUCCCCUCAGCUUCAUAAACACCAUUUGGACGAACAGACUUGUCAAACCGCUCGAUGACAAUCUGGACGGUCCAAGUUCUUCCGAAAAGAGUCUCCACCUCCCUUCGGUAACGGAGAAUUUCCCGAUAGUGCCUCUCUUACGUGUGCAUGGGCUUGGAAUUUCUGCUCACUUUACUGCGCAAUUGUAUAAUCUUUCUAAAAUUCGAUUCUUAGUGAAGAAUUGAGCAGUGGAGAUAACUGGGUCAAAUUUGAUCCUGGAUCAUGUACUGUUGAAGUUGGUAAGGUGGAUUCUUUUGAGGAAGUGAAGGUUUCAGAAUUUGUGGGGUGUGAAAACCAGCCAUUUCGAUUGGUGCUUGGAGUAUGGAUUGGAUAUGGGUGCCAUCUCUAGCAUGUCCGUCGAGGUACCUGGUCUUUCUGUUGAUUGUGUCGGGGAGAAGUUUGCUGUUCCCAAAUUCUCCGCUAGUAAGCGCGGAUCCAUCUGCACCUACAACUCUGCACUUCAACAGCGAGGGCAUCUUUAAAAUUCUUCAGAUUGCAGAUAUGCACUACGCCAAUGGAGAAAAAACCCCAUGCCGAGAUUUGGUAGCUAAAGAGCUAAGGAGAUGCUCGGACCAGAACACCACUUUGUUCAUUCAGCGUCUUCUAUCAAGCGAAAAACCAGAUCUCGUUGUCUUUACAGGUGACAACAUCGACUUCGAUUCCAAAAAUGCCACAAAAUCUAUGGACGAAGCGUUUCAACCUGUGAUCGCUGCCAAGAUACCUUGGGCUGCAAUUUUAGGCAACCAUGACCACGAAUCAAGUAUUCCCAGAGAAGACGUGAUGAAGUAUUUGACCCAAAUGGACUACUCCCUUUCGCAAAUCUUGAAUCCCAGUAUGGGGUCUCUUUUAGGUCAAGACGAAAGUCAGAUGCCUGUCCAGGUCAAUGGCGUUGGAAACUACUACCUCCAGGUGUUUGGUCCGUCAGGAUCAGAAUCCGAGAACACGAGUUUGCUAAACCUUUAUUUUCUAGACACUGGGGAGUACUCAAAGGUACCUUCCGUCGGCGGUUAUGAUUGGAUACGAGCAAACCAGCUCCUCUGGUAUCAACUCCUAGCAGCCAAGCUUCGGGGUUCAGCACCUGAGGCAUCAACUCCAACUCCAGCGCUAGCAUACAUCCACAUUCCAAUUCCCGAAUAUGAGUCCGUACUAAAGGACCCAUCCAAGGUUCUUGGUGAGAAGCAUGAAGCUGUUCUCUCUCCUUCGAUAAAUUCAGGCUUCUUUACAGCGCUUUUGCAAGCUGGAGACGUGAAGGCUACGUUUGCUGGGCAUGACCACACGAAUGAUUAUUGUGGGGACCUAUUGGGCAUCCAUCUCUGCUACGGUGGUGGCACAGGUUAUCAUGCAUACGGGAAGGUGGGAUGGUCUCGACGAGCUCGAGUGGUCCAAGCCUCUCUGAAGAAUAAGAAGGGAGUUGCAAAAGCCACUCCAGAUAUACUUACAUGGAAAAAACUGGAUGACGCAAGAAUGAGUAAAAUAGAUCUGCAAACCCUCUACGAUGCCAGUGCUAAGAGAGGGAUUUUUGGUGCGAAGGGCGGUCCUAUGAUGAGCCCUAUCUUGCUUAUCCUGCUUACAUUAGUUAUUACUACCUGCUCCUCGUGUCUAUUCAACAGUUUGUAUGCUAAGUGCCGGAGAAAGGUGGGAGUCGAUGAAUACUCUCGUGUCACUGAAGAUAUUCCUUUAGAGAACACUUAUCCCAUUGAUUCUGAUAACUCAGAUGAUGACUGAUGGGCUGGAUUUCGAUUCCGUUAAUUGUAUUUGUAAAGCUUUUAAAUUUACAAAUCUGGUGCCAGGGCAUUGGUACUGGAAGUAAAUGCAACCUUCUCGUGA